ACGAAAGUAGCAUUUACCCUCAUUACCCAUCAUGUCCCCACUUUUGGUAUCCCUACUCCUACAAAAUGUAGUUAAACUGGUUAGCUUGCUAGUUAUCCCUUGUUGUUAUACUGUAGAGACUCCCCCUAUGGCUUUGCCAAAGAGGAACUGUAUUGAUUUGUGGGUACCUGUAGGUGUAUUUGUGUAUUGCACUGGUGUAUUGUGUAUAAAGUAAUGAAAUACCAAAGAUAUUAUCUAUUAUGGCUUCCACGGAAGAGGCAAUCGAGGCCAAAAGUGCGGAAAUAUCAAAAGGUAAGAAUCCCAGCAGCAGCGAAAGGGAUUUAAUUCAAAGACGGUCAGGAGAACGUUUGAACAAUGAAGAAGUCCACUCGAGGAGAGCUUUUGGAGGGACUGGCUUCUUUCAGAAAGGACGCGAGUUUGAAAGCGCUUAUGUCAACCAUAAAUUUACCGAGGAAGAAAAGCAAGAGUUGGCGAAGUACGAUAGCUUAGAUUACUUUCCUCCACACAGUGUCGUCUACAAGAACUGGAUCAAACGUCAACCUGCGAGGCUCGAUUGGGAUAGAUGGGUGAUGAUGGGUCUGAUUGGGUUUACGGUUGGAUUCACUGGUUUUCUUCUCCAUCAACUGAUUGAUCGUAUCAUGGAUUACAAGUGGGAAAAGGCUAAUGAUUUGAUCAAGGAGAAGGACUAUGGCUUAGCAUGGUUUUGGGUAGUUGGCUAUAGUCUUAUCUUUGCUAUCGCUGGAUCGGCUUUAGUUGUGUUUUUUCGUCCUUCUGCUGGUGGUUCUGGAAUUCCUGAGCUCAUCGGUUUUCUUAAUGGUACCAUUGUUCAUCAUAUAUUCAAUGUCAAGACCAUGGUCGUAAAAUUCUUUUCCUGUGUGUUUGCCGUUGCCUCCGGAUUACCUGUUGGACCCGAAGGUCCCAUGAUUCACCUGGGUGGUCUUAUUGGUGCUGGUCUUAGUCAGUUCAGAUCAUCCACGCUCAAGAUAAAUCUGCCAUAUUUUCAAAGAUUCCGAAAUCCUGAGGACAGACGUAACUUCAUUUCGGCAGGCGCCGGGGCAGGUGUCGCUUCCGCCUUCGGUGCCCCCGUCGGUGGGUUGCUGUUUGCCAUGGAGGAAGUGUCAUCGUUCUGGAACUUGAAGUUGUCAUGGCAAAUCUUCUUUUGCACAAUGGUGUCCACCUUUACAACAGAUCUCUUCAACUCGGCGUUUACCGGUUUUGAUUACGAUGGAGAUUUUGGUCUCUUUAAGGCGGAACGUUAUAUCCUUUUCCAGAUCGAUCACGGUGUCGCCUUGCAUAUUCUGGUGUUCAUUCCAGUUGUUAUUCUUGGAUUUUUGGGUGGCAUCUUGGGAGCUGUUUUUACUUUCGUUAACUUGAAGAUCAACCGGCUUCGAAGACAUCAUCUGACGAAGAUAAAUAAAAAGUGGCUGCAGAAUUUUGUUCGUGUUUCCGAAGUCGUCAUUCUUAUGGUGAUCGUUGGAACUGUUUCGGUGUUUUUGCCGUCUGCGUUCUCUUGCUCAAAAUUUGAAUGCUCUUUUAAGGAAUCAAAAUUUGAUACUGACUGUUUGGUAGAAAAUCGCAGUCCACUGCGCACAGAACGAACUGUGAACAACUAUACCUGUGAUGAAGGAAUUACUCUGAACGUUAAUGGAACGAGGUUUACUAACGCGACAUUCAAUCAAGUUGCAACGUUGCUGUUCGCCAGUGGUGAAGAAGCGAUUCAUCAUUUAUUCUCGAGAGACACUCAUCGAGAAUUCACUUACGGUCCAUUGAUUACAGUUCUUGUGGUGUACUUUAUCUUGGCAUGUUGGGCUGCAGGAACAGCAAUUUCAAGUGGUCUCGUUGUUCCCAUGCUUUUCAUAGGUGGAACCUACGGCCGGAUAUUGGGCAAAGUGAUGGUUGAUUUAUUUGGAAUUCACACCCGCGGCGAAUGGGCGUGGAUGGAUCCCGGAGCGUUUGCAUUACUUGGUGCAGCCUCGUUCUUCGGUGGAGUGUCAAGGUUGACGAUGUCCUUGACAGUCAUAAUGAUUGAAAUCACGAACGACAUACAGUUUCUUCUUCCCAUCAUGGUUUCGAUAAUGGUUUCAAAAUGGGUCGGCGAUUUCGUCACCCAUCCACUGUAUCAUGCUCUACUCGAGCUCAAAUGCAUUCCCUUUCUCGAUUCGGAGCCCGUUGUGUUUACUCACGGGGGCAAAAAGAGCGUGAACCUCGAACUGUAUCAGGCUAAAGAUGUCAUGUCUUCGCCGGCUGUGGUUCUACAUAUAUCCGAGAGCGUCAAAAAUUUGGCACAAGUGCUUCUAUCGACCCAGCAUGGAGGAUUUCCCGUCGUAAAGAAACUCCAGAAUGGCGAUGAAGUAUUUGUCGGUCUUAUCACAAGGCUUGAUAUAAGUAUCAUUCUAUCUCACAAAGAGUUGAACAGCGUCGAGGGGAUGUCGAAUGACGAAAUGAGGGAUAACGAGAUCACGGACGUGGACUACGAGAAGUUGUCCGUGACUCAUUCACCAAAUUCUGAGGAAUUCGCGGCAAAGCUGCAGGUGAUGGCGGAUGAUAAGUACGCGACUCGUCUUAUCGACUUGUCCGCGUACAUCAAUGAUUCGGCUUUGAGCGUUCAAUCCAACUUCUCGCUACACAGGGCUUAUAUCAUUUACCGAACUUUGGGUUUGAGGCAUCUGACUGUCGUGGAUCGAUGCAAUCGAGUGGUUGGAAUGAUCACAAGGAAGGAUUUGAUGGGCUUUAAUCUCGAGGAGAAAAUCACAGAGAUCAUUGAUGAACAGAGCGAACAAAACCAAUAUGAGAUGACAAGGCCUGUAUAAUUUUGCACGUGUGAUGUAGAUAGAAAUCGUUUUCAAUUCAUUAUUUACCAACGUCGACGGUGUUAAAUACAAGGACGCGGGAAGAUCGAUGUUUGGAGAAGAGGCAAUAUUCCUGUAUGCAUGAUAUGCCACGUGAAGUUUCUCAGAAAUCCAUCGAUUUCUGUGAAUUAUACAUCAUGUUUGUAGGAACAUGCCACCGUCUUCUGAUUAUCGAUCUUCCCGCGCCCAUCUUGCGUAAGCACACGGAGAUAAAAUACAUUGAUCUCUGAUGUAUAUCAAUGAUCUCUGAUGUACCACUAGAGAUCAUGUAUGCAUAAACAUAAGCAGAUAUAAUAAUUUGAUAUCUUAUGUGAAUCAAUGAUCUCUUAUGUUGAUUUCUUAUGUACCAUCGUCACUACGACAUAAGAAUAAAGAGAUCAAGUACAUUGAUUUCUUGUGUACCAUCCUCACUAUGACAUAAGAAUAAAGAGAUCAAGUACAUUGAUUUCUUGUGUACCAUCCUCACUAUGACAUAAGAAUUAGGAGAUCAAGAAAGUACACAAGAAUAAUUACAUGAGGUAGUUUAAUUUAGUAAAUUUAGUAAAUCUUAACUAUAAAGUAACAGUACAAACAUAAACACAAUUCACAGUCUCUUUAAUAAAUUUCAGCUAAAGUAAAUGAAUGUACAUAAAAAUUCAAUGAGGCACACAUACGUUCCCAUGAAACAUUUAUUAAUAAAAUACUUCACACUAAGUAAAAAA